AUGCCGAGGUCUGAGGACUUCUUCAUUGCACUUACGCAAUCCAUACACCUUUAUUUAGAAGAGAAAAUGGGUAGCAGGAAAGAAGGCAGAAGCAGAGACUAUCAUGACAGAUAUGACGAUGUAAUCUGCAUUGAUGCUACUCGAGUAGUGCUCAAAGAUAGGAAUUCUGAAGAAGACUACAUACACGCAAACUGGAUGAUAAUGCCAGAUAAACAAAAAUAUAUUUGCACGCAGGGUCCUAUACAGGAAACACUGGAAGACUUUUGGCAUAUGAUCUACACAGAGAGAAGUUCAGUUAUCGUGAUGCUAUGUGCGUUCAAAGAAGGCAAUAAUGAGAAAUGUGCACUUUACCACCCGAAAACAACAAAGGAAUGUGGAAAGUUUGGUUCUUAUAGAGUAUAUCUAAAAGAGGAAAAAGAAAGUCCUAUCAGUGGAGUAACUUACAGGAUUCUCUGUGCGAAGAAGAACAGGAGAAACCCUUUCGAAGUUCAUCAUUUGGCCUACACGGAUUGGCCGGAUCAUACUGCUCCUAUGGAUCCAACUUCAAUAGUUGCAAUGAUGAGAUUUUCGCGAAUGUUAGCCAAGGGAAGCACGAUCACAGUACAUUGCUCUGCCGGAAUUGGUCGUUCUGCUACGUUCGUCGGUAUAGAUUACGCAAUGCAGCGGAUUAAACAGGAUUCUAAUGUUACCAUGGUCGAUAUUCUGAAGGAAUUGAGAGGCCAACGAUAUCAAAGCGUUCAGGGCAUCAUUCAGUACAUUUUCUUGCACAUAUGUGUUCUAGAAGGAUUUGCAUAUGAAGGUGCUAUAAGGAAGGAUGACCUUCAAUCGUAUUUCAAUGGUUACAGAAGAAUGCUGAUACUAUUCAACAAGAAGAUUGCAGCGAGGAUGAAAGAUAAGACACAAGAGUAG